CCUGGCUUAAGAGAAACGAUAACGAUUUCUUAUACCUCGAUUACUUCAUUUUCUUUCCUAUGUACCUUCUUCCCCGCCCUCGUAUAGCCUUUCCGGUCAUCGGCCUUUUUUUAAACAAUGGGUAGUUUUGGUACAUGUCAAAUAGACGUCAAAUUUCACAACACUGCUCCACGUAUACACAAGGACAAGACUCGCCCACUUUGUGCUUCGUUACUUUUUGUCCUACUUGUUGAUCUCCAUUUGGUGUGGUGAUAUCUUCAUUUCCAGUUGAAUUUUUAAGGUGAUACUCAACCUGUAGGUUAUUAGAAAAGGAUAUGGCAGCUAAUACAACAGCCGAAGCUCCUAUUCGAAAGAUAUGCUGCAUUGGUGCUGGUUAUGUGGGUGGCCCUACUUGCAGUAUUUUGGCUCUCAAGUGUCCUGAUAUUCAAGUGACUGUAGUAGACAGGAAUGAGCUACGAAUAAACCAGUGGAACUCUGAAAAACUACCCAUUUUUGAACCAGGACUUGAAGAAAUUGUAAAACAAUGUAGAGGCAAAAACUUGUUUUUCUCUACUGACAUGGUCCCUGCCUUGAAGGAGGCAGACUUGAUUUUCAUUUCUGUCAAUACACCAACCAAAACUUUUGGUUUGGGCAAAGGCCGUGCUGCUGACUUGAAGUUUGUCGAAUCUUGCGCCCGACUUAUCGCCGAAGUGUGCGACCGAAGUAAAAUUAUCGUGGAAAAGAGCACUGUUCCCGUUAGAUCAGCAGCAUCCAUUGUAAAUGUAUUGAAAGCUAACACAAAACCUGGAGUUAGCUAUCAAGUGCUUUCAAAUCCCGAGUUCUUGGCUGAAGGUACUGCUGUGAAUGAUCUCACAAAUCCCGAUCGUGUACUCAUUGGCGGCGAAGAGAGUGACGAGGGAAGAAAAGCAAUUGAUGCCCUGUCUUGGGUGUAUCAUCAUUGGGUUCCGGCGGAGAAAAUCAUUAAAAUGAACACUUGGUCUUCGGAGCUUUCAAAAUUGGCUGCCAAUGCAUUCUUAGCGCAACGAAUUUCAAGCAUCAAUGCCAUAUCUGCAGUUUGCGAAGCGACGGGUGCUGAUGUCAGUGAAGUUGCCAAGGCCAUCGGACUCGACUCCCGUCUUGGCCCCAAAUUCCUCCAGGCUUCCGUUGGAUGGGGUGGGAGUUGCUUUCAAAAAGAUAUUCUCAAUUUGGUCUACAUCAGCGAAUCCCUCAACUUGACGAGUGUUGCAGCAUAUUGGCAGCAAGUGAUUGACAUGAACGAAUACCAAAAAACGCGCUUUGGUCAACGAAUCGUUCAAGCCAUGUUCAACACCAUUACGGAUAAGCACAUUGCAAUUUUGGGAUUUGCAUUUAAAAAGAACACUGGUGACACUCGCGAAUCGCCUGCGAUUUACGUGGCCAAACAUCUCCUGGAAGAAGGAGCUUGUCUUCAUAUUUUCGAUCCUAAAGUCGAAAGAGCCCAAAUACUACUGGAUUUGGAUCAAUCGGAUGAAAAAACUGGUGUCACUAUUCACGAGGACCCCUACGAAGCUGCCAAGGGCACUCACGCACUCGUAAUAUGCACGGAAUGGGAUCAAUUUUCCACUUACGAUUAUCAACGAAUGUAUGAUUCGAUGUUGAAACCAGCAUUUGUUUUCGACGGACGCAAGAUUCUUAAUCAUUCUGCCUUAUCUGAAAUCGGUUUCCAUGUCGAGACGAUCGGGAAACGCCCAGGAGAGAGCUUCCAGGCACAAAACUGGGGUGGAGCAAAUAACGUUUAAAAACAAAGGAGAAAAUGACCUUUUUUGGAAAUUUAGUGCAAUGGCCAACCCUAAAGGAAACCAGUGUUGACGAUAUUAUACUUAUACCAUUAUUCAAUUAUGUGAUUUACUCAUUACUCAUACUUAAUUUAAAUCACUAGAUUAGACUUUUUUUUCCUACCAAAAUUUCACGGUCAUCAUUGAGACAACCAAUCUUGUUUUCUGCCAAUACAACUCUUUUGCAUUAUAAAAA